UUAUGCGGGUACACUUUUUCUGGAAUGGUUAUAGACAAGUUCGGAUACACAUGCACCAUAGCAGUCUGCUUGCUGCUCUAUACUUUUGAUUUCAUGGGUAUGGCGUUUGUUGUGAACCCCUGGCUGGGCGUGGCACUGUUUAGUGCUCAGGGGCUAUUAUACGGAACCAGCUGGUCUGCCUGUGUAGUUUUUGGUGGUACUGUGUCACUGCGAGUGGGUUUCUAUUCAGCGACCCAAGGUGUCCUUGGUGGAGUUUAUUGGGGUUUAGGAGUCGGCACAGGUGUAUUUCUCAGCGGUGUCCUUAUAAACUGGCUCGGCGUUGCCAAGACCUACUUUGUUUACUCUCUGGUGACACUUGUAAUUUUAGUUCCUUUUUUAUUGGUUAAUUUUUGGAUCAGAUUGAGGGAGGAGAGAGGGAAUAAUGACCAAGAGCGUAAACCGCUAUUGCUGAAAAAGACAGAGGAAAAUCACUGAUGACAUCAAUGAAGUUAGUUAUUCUUUAAAACUAUACAAUGUUUUGCCAGCUUACUCCUCCCCACAAACUUGGGCUACCAUAACCUCGACUGAUGCAUUUUCAGAAAAAUAUAUAAAAACGAAGAAAUAGGGCCAUAAUCAGUUGACCGAGAUGAGAAAAGUCUUUGCAAAUUCUCGCCCAUUACCAAAACCCUCCGAGCUAUGACCAAAGAGGAGUGGAGUGAUGUAGGCCCUUGUCGAUUGUGCUAGUAAAAGUAGCAUAUUAUGCUACUGGCAGUGCCCGAUUCUUUUCCAAAUUAUGCUCAAAGCUAUGCUCGUUUUUGAAAGUUAUGCUGCUUUUUCUUACUGUUUUCUUAAAAAUUAAACACAAAACUAGUCCAAAAACCAACCUAUAUUUACCCUUGAUAAAGCAUCAUAUUUUCUUUAUCUUAUGUUACACACUCGCUGUCUUGAUGACUCGCUUCUCUCGAUUGAGUGCUUCCGUAAUGGUUCUCUUAAUUUCGACUUCUAGAUGUUUUCUUUUCCACCGGCGUAAUUUUUGGAAGCACUCCUCUGCAAACACUGCAAAAUAUCGUGUUGACUCAAACACUUUGAUAAUAACCUGGAAACUAAUUGAUAUGAUCAUGUGAUGGAACUUUUUUCACGUCAGACGCCUCCCCUGAUCUUGUGUUUGCUGUUGGUUUUCUUCAAUUCAGGCUCCGAUCUCUAGCAAUUUGAGUGGGUUCUGGCCUAUAGGAAGCGGUUCUCCUUUUAAGUUGCUAGAUGCCACUUUGUUGCCUAUCUAAGCGGGAACUGGGACCGACGCAAUCUGUACUUCCGGUGUACCCAGUCCUUUAAACCACCAACGACGUAGUAUUGCGGUAACUUUCUUCCCUUUCCCCAGACGAAUGAAAGUAGACCGAGCCAUGGACAGAAUUCGAAAAUAAUCAAACUUAGAGACGAAGCGAGUCAUGACUCGGUUAAUGUUCGCUUCGAGAAACUAAAAAUAUGCCGAUUAGGCUAGCCGUGCUACUUUUAGAAAAAGUGAAAAAAUUAAUGCACGUUUUUUCAAAUUAUGUAAAAAAUUAUGCUAGCACAAUCAAUAAGGACCUAGGGGGAUGUUUCAGGCUGUGGUAGACCUCUACGGGUUUUCUUCGGAAGUUCUUCGUCGCCGGAAGUCUUGGGUCGGGUCUUCGGAAAAUUAUCUCAAGCCUUGAACUAAAGCGGAGUUGACAUGUGUACACGGAAUACUUGCAUGAAGAAAGAAUAUAUUAAAUACACUAAAAAAUUAACUUAAACUCUUCAUUUUAUAUUCACAAACUCAGAAAAACUAGUAUCGAAAUUUUCAGUAAUUACCCACGCAGGAUAAUAAAGUACACUAGUUUCCCUUA